GAUUAGGAUUUUUUUCUUCUUGCAAGGAGAUCAUCUGCUUGUUGCUACUAUUUGCUUGGCUGUGCCUAUUUUCCAAAUUUUCUAAAAUAUUCUGGGAUAGAAGUAUCAAUUCACUGAAUCAGGAAAGAAAAGGAAAUAAAUCAUUUAUUAUCAGUCUUUGAACCUCUGUUCACUACUUCUCGGCUCUGGUUAGGAUCAGAGACAGUCAGGACAGGGAAGUGCAGCCAUGGAUUUUUUUCUUAAUAAGCUUGAUAAACACUUGGACAACAAUAGAAGCCUUGACCAGAACAUGAAUGACCUAAAAAGAAAAUUGGAGAAUUUAAAUGCCUUGAAGGAGGACACUGAUUCAAAAAUGAGUGCAGAGCUGCAACCGAGGAAGAAACUCAAGAAGCAAGUUGAUCUAUGGUUGGAAACUGUUGAAAGAAUAAAUGGUGAGAUAGAAAGUCUUGAACAAAGAGUUGCACAAAGCAGUACCAUCUCACGUGGAUUUCACACGGCAAAUGUUUUAAAAAAGAUACAAGACGUUGAGGAUCUUCUUCAACAGGGUAAGUUUGAUCAAGGUUUGGUGGUCGAUGACCUUACGCAGAUUGGACAAGCUUUGACAACAACAACUUUAGUUGGGCAAGCUGCAGAGAUCUGUAAGAAAGAAAUUUGGACAUGCUUGAUGGAUGAUGAUAUUGGAAAGAUUGGUGUUUGGGGAAUGGGAGGGAUUGGUAAAACAACAAUCAUGAAGAUCAUCAACAACCAACUUUUAGAAGAGACUCAAAAGUUCAACAUUGUGAUAUGGGUCACCGUAUCAAAGGAGAUGAACGUCUCCAAAAUUCAGAAAGGUAUCUUACGUGCAAUUGGAGAAGACCUUUAUGAAGAUGAGGAGGAAGCAAUAAGGGCAGGGAAGCUAUACAAAAGGUUGAUUAAAAAAGGCAGGUAUGCGUUAAUCUUAGAUGAUCUAUGGGACAAACUAUCUCUUGAAGAAGUAGGAAUCCCUGAACCUUGUAACGGGAGUAAGUUAGUGAUAACAACUCGGAAGUUGGAUGUGUGUCGCUAUUUGGAUUGUCAAGAAGUUAAAAUGCGCACUCUUCUAGAACAUGAUGCAUGGAGUUUGUUCUUGGAGAAAGUAGGUAGGGAUAUUUUGAAUUAUCCAAAUCUGUUACCAAUUGUGGAAUCUGUUGUUGAGCAAUGUGCUGGUUUGUCAUUAGCUAUAGUUACAGUGGCUAGCAGUAUGAAGGGCAUAAGGAGCAUUCAUGAAUGGAGGAAUGCACUAAAUGAAUUAAGUAGACCAGUAAAAAGUGUGACUGGGUUAGAUGAAAAGGUUUUUCAGCAACUGCAGUUUAGCUAUGAUCAUUUAAAAGAUGAAAAAGUCCAGCAUUGCUUCCUCUGUUGUGCAUUAUAUCCUGAAGAUUGGAAUAUCUCUGAAUUUGCACUAAUAAGACUUUGGAUAGCUGAAGGGCUUGUGGAAGAAAUGGAUAGCCAGCAAGCAGAGUUUGAUCAGGGGCGUACGAUACUGAAUAAACUCAAAAAUAAUUGCUUGUUAGAAAAUGGUGAAUAUACUAGGUAUGUGAAGCUGCAUGACCUUGUGAGAGACAUGGCACUACGCUUCACGAGAGUAAAACCACGCUUCUUGGUAAAAACCGGCAUGCAAUUGAAAGAGAUACCACAUCAGCAAGAAUGGACUGAAGAUUUAGAAAAGGUUUCAUUGAAAUUUAAUAAGUUUAUGCAAAUUCCAUCACAAAUGUCACCACCAAGAUGCCAAAUCCUCACAACUUUAUUGCUGUCCCAUUGCUUAAUAGAGAGUAUUCCAGAUUGUUUCUUUGACCAAAUGAAGGGACUCAAAGUUCUUGACCUUUCUGGGAAUAACUUUAGAAAUUUGCCACGUUCCAUCUCUAAUUUGAAAGCUCUCAUUGUAUUAUUGGUUAAAAAAUGCCCUCCUUUAGAAAAGGUGCCAUCUUUCUCAAAACUUGAAGCUUUAAAGAGGUUGGAUCUUGCAUGCACAAAACUUAAGAAUCUCCCGCAUGGGAUGCAAAGGGUGGUAAAUCUCAUUUAUCUUCGUCUUGAUAUCGAAGAAGUCCCCAGUGGAAUAUUAUCAAAAUUCUCAUGCCUGCGACACUUGGUGGUAAGAAAUGCAUUUGUCAAAGGAGAAGAGAUAGGCCAGCUAAAGAAGUUGGAGUUCUUUGAAGGGAGUUUUUAUGAUUUGAAUGAAUUUAGUACUUAUUUGCAAGCUUUGCAUGGUCGAAGACAACAGCUUUUUCGAUACCAGAUUGGUAUGAGUCAUUGUCGACGACCAAGGGCUCCAAGACUUAGUUGGAAGAAAACCAUUGAAUUAGAAGGUUGUAAAAUUUAUAGAGUUGGCGUUACCUUCCCAUCAGAUCUUCAGCAAUUGAAUAUUGUUGGCGGUAUUGUUGAUUUUCCCGAAGAAGAGGUAUUUUUUUCGUGGUUUAUCCCAACGCCAAAGGGCAUGUUUUCUUCUCUUAAAGAACUUAAUUUAUUUGAAUGUAACAAAAUAAAAAAGCUGUUCUCAUGUAGUUGGGUGCUGAGGAACGUCCAAAAUCUGGAAGUGUUACGCAUUCAGUUCUGUGUCCAAAUGGAGGAAAUAAUAGCAUCAGAAAUCGAAUUUGUUGAAGAAGAAGGAAUGGGUGGUAGUAACAGUAAUACCAUCCAUUUUACUCUUCCCAAAUUAAGGAUAUUGCAAUUGUGCUUUUUAGGGCAACUGAAAAGCAUUUGUAGUGCAAAUGGAGUAAUGAUUUGUGAUUCUCUUGAAAGUAUAGUUAUCGAACAUUGUUCAAGAUUACAACGGAUUCCUUUGUAUCUUCCACCGCUUGAUGGUGGCCAACCAUCUGUUCCUCCUCUUGUGCGAAUCGUUAAAUCUUCAAAGGAAUUUUGGGAAUCGGUGAAGUGGGACCAUCCCAAUGCAAAGUCUCGAUUUAAGCCAAUAUUUACGAGCUAGAGCUGCUGAUUUAUACAUCUCUCUCCUUAUUUGCCUGACAACAAUGGUUUAAGGUUCGAUUUCCAAUUAUAAGUAUCUGCUACGACAGCUCCCUUCCUGCUUCUGUGAUUGAGAACAAACAAUCUGGAUUUCUCCCAAAUUGACAACAAGUUAAUUUGAUCCACCAGACAAGCAUU